AUGGAAAGUAGAUUUUCAUUUGAAGAUUUGAAUUAUUUUCCACCUUUGGAAAAUGGCCACAUAAAUCUAAUAAAAUUUUUAAAGGCAUCUUCAGAUUUAUUAUCUAUUGUUGAUUGCUUAGGAAAAUUACUAAAACCUGUAAAACAAGAUAUGCAAGGAAAUAUUGAGAAAAUAAAAAACAACUUUGUGUUAGAUGAAAGAUCAUGUUUACUUGAUCUAAUGUUGAAGGAGACUGCUGCAGGUGGCAACAUUGGUUCUGAAGCUACAUUAUGGCUUAAUAGAGCACUGCUAUUUUUUGAAUUAACAUUUAAAGAAAUAUUAGAGAAUCUUAAAGAUAAACGGGAGAUAAAUAUGAAAAUUAUUUUUAACACAGCAUAUCAGGGCUCUGUGAAGAAAUAUCACAACUGGGCUGUACAAAAAUUGUUUAUGGUUAUAUGUCAGCUCUCUCCUACAUUUCCUCAAAUCAUAUCAUCUUUGGGUUUAGAGAAUAGUGAUUGUUUUGAAGAAAAGAUGACAAUAUUUAAUGAUUCUUUACAUAUAGUAAGAUGUGCAAUUGACAAUUUUUUUAUUGAAAACUCCUUAUUUUGCGAAGCAUAA